AUGGAUCAAGAAAAACCUGGCACUAGUGUUAAUCAUGGUAAACGAACUCGACCUUUGUUGCUGCAACCGAGUCCAAAGAUUGCGAGGGUUUCUGCAUACGCAAGUUCAACGUCUAGUUCUGUUCUAAAGAAUUCGAAAAAGUUAAGUCCGAACUCUCCCCGUAAACCAAAAGUGCUAUAUAAUAAAAGCGAUGUGCCUGCUCCUGGCACCCCAGUUCCGGAUAAGCAUGUCCGUAAAGCUGGCCCUUAUUUACUAGGACCUAAAUUAGGACCCAGUCCUGUUAAGAGUAUAGUGCAGUGUUUGGCUCGUAAAGAAAAGACUGAUGAAUUCUACCAAAUAAAAAUAUUAACCCUUCGAAACGAGGGACAAACUGAAACACAAGAUGACAGACAAGGCAAAAUGCUUCUGCACACGGAGUAUUCAUUGUUAUCGUUGUUAAAAGACCAGGAUGGUGUUAUACAUCAUCAUGGAUUGUUUAAGGACCAUGCUGUUGAAGAAGUUCCAAAUCCAAAUGGUCCAGGCUUAAUAUACACUGGUCGUGUGAGACAAAGGCUAUUUCUAGUAUUAGAUUGUGUGAAUGCACACCAAUUUAGUGAAAAGGGUAGCGAACUUAUUAAUUUACAACAAUAUGUUACUAAAGUGAAGAAAGUUCCUGAAAAGGAAGCCAUAUUGAUCUUUUAUGAUAUAGUUAGGGUUGUUGCUAAUUUACAUAAGAGAAACAUAGUUCACAGAGACCUGAAACUUGGAAAUAUUGUUUUAAACCAAAGAACUGGACGAGUCAUUAUAACAAAUUUCUGUUUAGGAACACAUUUGGGAAGCGACAGAGAUCUAUUAAAAGAUCAACGAGGCUCCCCCGCAUAUAUAUCUCCUGAUGUAUUAAUGUGCAAGCCUUACCUCGGUAAACCUUCGGACAUGUGGGCUCUGGGUGUAGUUCUAUAUACUAUGUUAUAUGGACAGUUUCCCUUCUGUGAUACAAGCCUAGCCCAACUAUUCAGCAGGAUUCAGGCAGCCAAUUAUAACAUUCCACCUGAUGGAAACUCAGUUCAAGUAACAGACAGCACAGUAUUCUUAAUACAACGGUUAUUGGUUAAAGAUCCCAAACAUAGAUUGUUAGCAGAUCAGGUUUUAGACCAAUUGUCAAGCAUAAUAGCUUCAUAUGUGGUCGUUCCGAACCCAUCUGAAGAUCUACAAGUGGUACCCGAUGUUGUAUUGGAUGAGAAGCCAGCUAGUAAUGGUUCAACUGAGAUUGAAAGGAAACCUUUCUUGACAACUCCUGAUAGUGAAAGAACACCUAACUCAUCUGAGGAGCUCGGUGUGUUUUGCGUUCCACUUCCCGAUUUCUUAGCACUGAACUUCCCAUCGCCCACUCGAGUGACCCAAAGCAGUAUUCUAGUACAUCCAACGAAUCCUAUAGACUCAAAUCCUAGCCAGAGACAAAUCACCGUACAAAGAAUUGGGAGAGACGCCAGACCUUUAUUGCCAUGUGAAAUAACAAGAUAUCAACACAUGUUCACAUCAAACAGAACAGAAAGACGUACAGAACAGAAUUAUGUACCUGAACACCGUUCUGAUAAUUCCAGAUUAAGAUCCUUAGCUCAUAGAAUACCUAGACUUAAUGCUAUAGCAUCAACAUCAACAGCUGAUUUACGAGUUAUACCUCUAUCUGAUAGAUCUAGAUUGGAUAGAUUAGAUCAAGAUUAUAUUCUUAGAUUGCCAGUUGUAGAUAUAUCUAGAAUGCCAAACAGAAUCAUGAAUCCUGCCCCGGUACAUUCAAUCAAUCCAGAAGCAGUUGUUAAUAAUCCACGACCACCUGUAGAUAAUACUGAUUUAGAAUACAAUUAA